AUGACGAAGGAGACAAUUUUAAGCAAGAACCCCGGAUACCUGUUAAUAAAAGCAAAGCAGAAGAAAAAGAGAAAAAGAAGCAAAACAAUGAAAAGUAAUCGUGCAGAAAUUACGAAGAAAAUGUUAUGUGGAGUAGCUCAUCAUCCAAUUCCAGGUGACCAUGAUGGAUCAGAAAGCGAAGAGGAUGACCUGGGAGAAGAAAACAAAAAAUCAUUGUGUACAUUCAGCAAAGGCCCAGAGGAUCCAGUAACAAUUUGUGAAGAGCAGCCUAAGAGUAGUGAUGAAAGCCUAAAAGAAGCCGCAGGAGUUUCAAGAGAGAGUUUUCUGGUCACUGUGCCUGAGGUCUCAGUGAUGUCAAAUAGUGCAUGGAAAAAUGAAUUGCCUGUAGAAAGUGACAGUUUGCUUUUAAGAGAUGUAAAACCUUUUUGUACUGAAAACCUAACCAAAAAUGCAUUAGAUGAUGAGGAAACAAAGCAAAGGCACAAUCUCUGCAGUUUCCUAGCAAUAAGCAAUGAUGAAAAUUCCAUCCAGGAAACAGAAGGCAUUUCUGAAGACUAUGAUAUGUCAUUGCUAACCACAGAAAACAAACUGGGAUCAUGUCAAAUUACAUGUGAACCUGACUUGGAAGCGAAGCUGACGGCAAAUGUCCUUUAA